AACCUGAAUGGAUUUAGAGGUUAAAAGAGUUGUCGCUUGUAGGAGUCAAACUCAGUCAUUCUCUGGCAGAAAGAAGCCACUGCAACAUGGAUGUACUUCCAAAUCAUGGGCAAUCCAGAAUCCUCCUUCCUUUCCUGUGGUCCCACAACUCGAUUUGGGAAGCCUUAUUGACUCUGAUGAAGAGGAUUUUUAAAAAUAGAUUCCACUUAGUACAGUGCAUAUUCAUUUUGACCCACCAAAUUUUAUCUUCUGCUCUUGAUCGGGUCACACCAUGUCAAAUGCCAUAUACUCAGCAUCACCUAAAUGAACUGGAGCAGGAUGUUGUACCUGAAGAUUUGCCAGCAACAACAGGAAAUUAUAAACAAAAAUAUCAGCAGUGCAAAACUGAAAUGGAAGAAGGAUAUAAACAGUGUAGUCAGAGGAAUGCAGAAAAGACAAAAUCAAAUACCGAACAUCAACUAUCUCCAAGAAACAAGAUAGAGGACAAGUGUGCACAAGAGGAAGAGGAAGAGGAAGGAGCGUUCACUGCUGACCUUACCACUCCAGAUCGAAAGGCACUCUUACAGCAGCGCUACGCAGACAGCCCUUACCGUGCACAGCAGCUGGGGAGAAAAUCUGACGCUGAGAUUGUGGCCGCUGAGAAGAAGAAACAGAUUGUUGAGGAGCAAGUGAUGAUAGACCACCUGUCUAGGGCUGUAAUCAGUGAUCCAGAACAAAAUUUAUCCACUGAGAAACAAGAAAGUGCUUUUAUCCUUCCAGAUUCAAACAUAGCGCCUCUUCGACUUAGGAAAAGAACACUACAUGAAACAAAGAUAAGAACGCAUUCUACGUUAACCGAAAAUGUGCUUUCUCAUAAAGUUCAGUUUGAUGGUAGGAUCAUAUCAAGAAAUGGACAUGAUGCAUGCAGAGAGCUGGUUGGGUUCUUUUUUAUUCACGACCAGUCCCUUACAAUUUAUGAAUAUCGGCAGUUUGGGAAAAACAGAACAAAUGUGCUUCCUUUUAUUCAAAAAAACAUUUAUAGUCAUCAGCGUGGACGAAGAAAAGGAAAACAAUACCAACUUGGCGAUUUUUAUAUUGGUGCAAACUUGACAUUUUUAAGUUCUGAUCAUCCCACACUUCCAGAAAGCAUAAAAGAAAGCACAUUACUUAUACUUCGAAUCACAAAUAUUGAUCAGAUAGCUUUUGAUUCAUUCAGGACUGAUUCUGUGGAACAUGAGGAUGAUACAACCAGUCAAGAAGCCAAUGAUAGGCUGGUCUUUAAAGCCAUUCAAGAUAAGCUGAAAAAACAGCUACAUAAGAAAGGUGUUCGUAUUUUGUCUGGUUUGGGAAAAUACUUUCAACAAUUGGACAAAGAAGGAAACGGACUUUUAGAUAAACCAGAUUUUAAGCAAGCUUUAAAAGUGUUUCACUUACAAGUGUCUGAAAAGGAUUUCGAGUCUUUGUGGUUGAUUCUGAAUGACAGUGGCAAUGGCAAGGUUGAUUACAGAGAAUUCAAACGUGCCAUUAUUGGUGAAAUGAACGAAUAUAGGAAAUCGUUUGUUCGAAAGGCCUUUAUGAAACUGGAUUUCAACAAAACUGGAAGUGUGCCUAUUAUGGACAUAAGAAAAUGUUACUGUGCAAAGAAGCACCCUGAAGUGAUUUCAGGUCAUUCCACGGAGGAAGAAAUCAAAUUAUCUUUUCUAGAAACAUUAAAAGGCGCCUGCAGCAAGUCUGAUGAAGUGUCAUAUGGGGAAUUUGAAGAUUACUAUGAAGGUCUAAGUAUAGGAGUGGUGGAUGACGAGGACUUUGUGUCUAUCUUACGCACUCCAUGGGGGAUUUAGUUUUUUAAAAUUAGCCCUAAGCAUUUUAAAGGAGAGAUUAAUUUAAUGCAAAGUAUGAUCAACCAUUGGAAUGUAUUAUUCUAGAGCUCUAUUCUGUUUUUUUUUCCUCAAAAAGGUUGAAUCUGGAAAGAGAAAUAUUCAGAAAGGAAUAUAUAGGGAUAUGGAUAUAUUUAUGUGCAAGUAUGAGUACCUCCCUGUCUAUAAGUUUUAAAUUAUCUGUAUUUUUUAUUUAUUACUUACCUUGAAUAUAUUUCAGAGCUGUUUUUAUUAGCCUUCAUAGGGAAGUAACAUCUGUAUCAGACUAUAUGAAAUCAUUUAUUGUAGUAACCAAGUUUCUUUCCAUUUUUUUCUAUUCAUUUCCCCAAAUAAAAUUGCUACCAUUCUCAAUUUGUUAAAUUGAAAUUGAGCUCAAAGCUUUUAAGAUUGAAAUAGUCCACCUUGUUUAAAACAUAGGAAAAUGUUAAAGGAAUUAAAGGAUAUGCAAGAGAAAAUUUCAAUGCAGGGUGAUUAUGGAUGUUUUCUGUAACAUAAAUAUUUUUGAAUGAUGGAGGCCUACCUGUAGAAUGUGUAUUUAAACACAGACUUGUGUAUCCUUGCCUUCUAAGUCAUGUGCUGUUGUUUGUUCAAUAGAACACAAUGUAAUUAUUCUAGGGACCAUUUGUCUAUUUGUCUAUUUUAUUUUUUAAAUGUGAUCCUUACAACCUGCACAGAAUUAUUAUUUAGUGAGAAACAGUACAAAAUAGAAGAUGGGAUGUUUUCUUAGAUUAUUAAAUAAGCAUCUCAAAAAGUACAUUAUCACAUAUAUGGACUGAAGGAUAAUUUAGUAAUUCUCAAUAAAAAUAUAAAAAGAUAUUUUGUGCCUUAAGAUGAAUGUAAGUUAUUCUAAGCACCUUUUUUGGGGGGUAUAUAAACAACUGAAACAUUUUUUAUGAAUAGAGGUUAUU